AUGGCUUGGCUUAUAUGGGGAUAUUCAUUGUGCGGUGCACAUUCUGUCAUCAUGGCUUGCAACAACAAAAAGCCCAUCCAAAAUCAGUUGGUGCUUGAAAGAGGGAGCUCCAACAAAGUGAAGAAUACUUCUAUGGCAUGUGGCAGGAGAACUGGAUAUGGAGUUAUCAUUGACUUGGAUGAUAGUGAUGAUGAGGUGCCCACAAGGGAUGGAACAACUAGCGUGCCCAAUGUUGUUGCUUCAAGAUUUAUUCUGAGUGAUAAAGAAAUAGGAAGUGCACAUUUUCAUCAGAUUGGUGAUGAAAAUGGGAGAAGUUGCACAGAGAAUCGCCUCCUGGAUUCAAGUACCAAAAGAAAAAGAGGUCCACGCACUAAUAUUGAUGUGAGUAAGAAUGAUGAUGAUGAUGAUGACAUGACUCCAAUUAGUAAACUUAAAACAAAGGCAACUCAAGAGUUGAUCACAGAUGGGGGUGAUGGUUCUGACAGUGCAGAUAGUUCUUCUGACAUUGAAAGUACGAUUAAAAAGCUCCGAAGUAGGAAUGGUGAUAAUAAAACAUGGUUAUUUGAAAUUGACAUGAUUUCGGAAUUUCAGAACGAUCCCAAACCAUGCAUGAAUGCUGUUUGUGCUCUUUAUAGGAAGCAAUUGCGUAAGGGGCAAUCUGUUAAUGGCUCCUCUUUGACCAAGAAUCAAGGAUUUAUUACGUUUGAUUUAAUGAGGCAAAUAGAAUGCGUCAGGAUCCUCUGA